AGUAACUAAAAUGGGCGAGUAUAAAAGCAAUUCGGACUCCUGACAAAGCGUAUUCAUUUUUCAGACCUACAGCAAGGUUAGAAAAAUCGUAAAAUCAACAAAAUGAAGUCCUUCGUUGCCCUCUGCGUCCUCCUCGCUGCCGCCUCCGUCAACUGCGGCGUCAUCCCCGCCACCACCUUCGUCCGCACCCCCAGCUUCGACAGCGCCGUCAUCAAGUCCGACCGUCUCGGCGGCAAUUUCGCCUACAGCACCGUUGAGGGCCAUGCUUACGCCGCCGUCUCCCCGGUGGUGCAGCGUGUCACCGAGCCCGUCGGCGUCUCCUACACCGCCCACCAGGUCAACCUCGGACAUGUGCACACCCCCGUCGCCGUCUCCCAGCCCAUUUACGCCCAGCAGUCCGUGGUAGCGCAACCCAUCGUGUCCCACCAGCAUUUGUUCUCCGCCCCCGCCCUGGUGUCUGGUCCCUCGGUGAUCUCGUCGCCCAUUUUCGCCCAGCACCCCGUGGUGGGUGGCAUCGCCAGCCCCGUGUUGGGUGGCAUCGCCAGCACCCCCAUCGCCGCUGCCCCCGUCGCCCCCGCUGCCCCCACCCCCGUGCAAGGAACCGUUGUUGAUGCCGAUACAGUUGCUGUAGAGUCUGCUUAAAUGUUACGUUAGUCAGUAAAGAAUUAUUUAUGGUAAUUUGUUAUUUCGUCGAAUCGUAUCGAUCAAUAAAAUGUUCACUGCCUAA